AUGGGCGACGUCGAGGUGCGCAAGGAGGACCAGCUGCUCAUCAACGAGUUCGGCCGCCUCAACGCGAAGAUGCACGAGCGCAAGGCGGACCGCGCCGUGCUCCAGAAGAGCCUCGAGGAGUUCGACGACGCGACGACGGAGCUCGCCAUGGGCGACGGCGACGACGUGAAGCUCAUGCUCGGCGGCGAGUCGUUCGUCGACGUCGGCGAGGACUUCGCGACGGAGUACUGCGAGGCGGAGCAGGAGAAGAUCCAGGCGGAGAUGGACCACGAGGACGCGGAGAUCGAGAAGAUCGCCGCGCGGCAGAAGGAGCUCAAGGUCGUCCUCUACGGCCGCUUCGGCUCCCAGAUCAACCUCGAGGAGUAG